AACUAGUGACAGAGAACAACGAUAAAGAAGAAAAGCGUUGUAUUUGCGAGUAUGUAGUCCUCAUCUUGCUACUUGGCUCCUGUCCUGGCCAUUGGUUGAGGCAUUACCCAAGUUACAUUAAACCACGCAAUUACCAAAAUAACCCUGUGGACAGCAAGAGCAGGGAGGAGAAGAUAAGGCUCAUUCCGGGCUACAAAUGUAAUUCCAGCCUCCUCUUCUGCCUUUCGCUGCUGACUGCUUCUCGUGGUCGGGUGAGGAAAGCUUUCCCUCAGUUCAUCACAAGAACCGAGUUUUCGUCUUUUUCGAAUGAUCGAAAGCUUGAAGCUGGAUUUCGGAGUUGGGUCUUCUUGAUUCGGCUGACAGAUGGAGGCAGUGAAUUUGUUUCCCGCCCUCUCUCCUUCAUCUCCUCGCUUGAGGCGAGACGGGUACCGCUUCUUCGCUCCUUCGCCUAGACCCUGCAAGCCCAAUUCGAGUCGCGUCGCGGUGAGGGCCCUUAGGGAGGAGACGAAGGAAGCCCGGAACCCGUCUCCGUCGUCCGCUUCGGCGGAUGAAGUCACCAAGAAGUAUGGCCUCGAAGCUGGUCUCUGGCAGAUUUUCAGCUCAAAAGAGGAACAAAAGGGGGAUGAUGAGAAGAAGUCAAAGACAGAUCAAGCCAAGGAACUCCUUGCGAAAUAUGGGGGAGCAUACUUAGCUACAUCCAUUACUCUUUCCUUGAUCUCAUUCUCGCUGUGUUAUGUCCUCAUCAGUGCCGGCAUCGACGUACAAGCUCUAUUGCAGAGGGUGGGAAUUUCGCUGGAUGCGACCGGAGAGAAGGUCGGAACCUUUGCUUUGGCAUAUGCCGCACACAAAGCCGCGUCCCCAAUUCGGUUUCCUCCAACCGUGGCCCUCACUCCCAUUGUCGCCGGUUGGAUUGGGAAGAAAGUUGACAAGGAGAAGUGAUUUGCACAUAGAUGUUCUGAUACUCCCUAGCCAUGGUUCUGUAUCAUUACACUUAAUAGCUGUAGAACAUACUUUCUAACAUUUUUCUCGGCACAAAUUAUGGCUUAUCGGAGUUAUGAUGCCUUUUCGCCCGCACAACAUUGGGUUGUGCA